AAGAUCAUAGCUUUCGAAUUAUCGAUGGUUUGGAAACUUUGUAUGAGGAGGAUUUAGAGUUAUUUAACGAUGAUAGAUAUGAAACUGAAAGUGAUUUACCUUCAGAAAAUGAAGCUUUAAACAUUGAAAAUGACACGGCAGCAACGCACGAUACUAAUA